AUAGGAAUUCCGAAUCUUUUCGGUGAGCAGGCUCGGCUCAUUUGGCUCCCGAACGGCUCUUCUUUUAAAAUGCUUAAAAAUGAAUUCAGAACAAUGAACAAAGUGCUUAUCAAUGUAAAUGCAACGAAGUAGCCUGGAAUUAUAUUAGAGGGUAAAAAUAAUCGUUGAUGCUAAAAGGACGUCAGGUAAUCAUUGAUCCUAUUGAACGGCUCAUGUACCAAUGCGGUUCCCAACGUGCACCAAAAAGAGCCAUUCGUUCGCGUACGACCCAUCACUAAGUAGUAGAGAAAUCAACCAAUGAGAGAACCUGAUGUUGAGAGAAAGACCACAGCGUACCGAAAAGGCAGUGGAACACCUGAGUAUUGGGGAGAUCCUCUAUCUGGAGAGCGUUAUUCCUUGCGAUAUACAUGAAUAAACCUUCAUGGACUAACAAUAAAGCUCCAUAAAUUAUGGGGCCUUAUUUACUCUCACAUCUCCCGAAAGGCCUGUGAGUGUCUGCAACUUCAAGUCACCCACCCGUCUCUUCGGAGGAUAGCGCUCCCCUGUCUACUGUUCCGCACCACUGCCAGGCAAUGACAGCGGCCACCGCAACUCCGCAGCAGAUGAGAGACCGGCUGAUGCAGGCCAUCGAUGGCCAAAGCAAUCAGAUCCGCAACAUGGUGGCUGUAAUGGAAGUAAUUUCCUAUUUGGAAAAAUAUCCCAUUACCAAAGAAGCACUUGAGGAAACACGCCUCGGAAAGCUGAUCAACGAUGUAAGAAAGAAGACAAAGGAUGAGGAUCUCGCCAAGCGCGCAAAGAAACUCCUUCGCACUUGGCAGAAGCUGAUUGAGCCGGGUCAGGGUGAGGCACUGUCCAAGGGCCACGCGGGGCCAGCAGGCACUACUAACGGUGGUACGCAUCCCUGCAGGAACGAUGUCCCCCCUCCAGCCACCGUCCUCCCCUCAGGUAAAAUGGUCCCCGAGCUCAAGAGUAGAAAUGACUUCAACAACUGUUACUCGCCCAAAGCGGAAAAGUCGAGCAACCGGAAGCGCAAAGGGGAGCAAAGGGACGGACAGCAGAUACCGGCAAAAAUCUCAAAGACGACGGCUUAUGAAAGAACACAAAAGUCACGGCCGCCGACCAAUGGAAUUGGGACCAGUCCAGAGGCUUUUACUGGCACAUUUGACGCUCAUCCGUAUCCACAAUCGGACAAGGAUGGGGCUGAGAGUCUUGACGACAGGCUCAACAAAAUCCCUGUCAACGCUGUUAAACCUCACCCGAGCUCCCCUGGACACGCCAAACCCCCUAGUACGUCUGCAUUGCUCAAAACGGCCGUGUUGCAACAGCAGGCCAAAAUGGACCUGGCUGCCUCAGGAGGGGGGCCGUAUCAGCCCAGAAGUCCCCGCUGCAACUCGUAUAGUCCCAGAAGUACCAAACAGGAUGCAGUGGUUAAACUGUCUGCGCCUAAAGCAACAACUCUACUGAACCCUGCUCGGAGUCCCAGGGUUACGGGCAGCUCUGGCCUGGUGCCCCCUCCUCUCCCUUCACAACCUUCAACCCCACGUAUCCAGGGUUCCCUCGCCAUCGGGCCUCCAUCUGCAGAGUCCGCCCUUGACCGGGACAUACCGGCAGACGUGGACCAACGCCUUCAGCAUGGUACCAGGAGACCUGAUUUUCAGUGUGACUCUAUGCACAACUCUGUGUCGAUGUUGGCCCACGGUGAAGAGGUGAACGCGGAGGGUGACGGUGCCAUAACUGGCACCGGGAGAAAGAGGAGGAGGAAAUACAGGUCCAGAGACUAUACUGUGAACUUGGGUGGGCUUCCGACGGACGAGAGCACAAAGCCAUGCAGGUUAAAAGACCGCAGACUUACGUUUGACCCUGUAACAGGACAGAUCAAACCCUCGACCCACAGAGAGUCUUACCCAGAACGGGAUGCUAUGGUGGUACCGGUCACCUCCGAGCCCCCUAGGACAGAGCUGCUUAAGCAGAACCAGUGUGCACAGAAUCCCCCUGUGACUCCCAGUCCCUUCCAACAGACCAACUGGAAAGAGCUGUCAAGGAACGAAAUCAUCCAGUCGUACCUUAACCGUCAAAGCAAUGUGCUCACGUCGUCCGGAGCGCAAACCUCGGGAGCACACUUCUUCAUGUCCGAGUACUUGAAACAUGAGGAACAUCAUAUCAAAGAGGCCAGAAAAACACACGUGCUGGCACCAAAUAUCCCUGGCACAGACUUACCUGGGGUGAGUCGAGAAGUCACUAACAAGGACCUCGACAGAAUGCACAAAGAGCACUGGCCUGGGGUGAACGGUUGCUAUGACACCAAGGACAACUGGUAUGAUUGGACAGAGUGCAUAUCCUUGGACCCUCAUGGGGAUGAGAGCAAUUUGAACAUCCUGCCAUAUGUCUGCUUAGAUUGAGAGUUUAACAAGCAGUGUUACUGAAUUAAGAGGGGUAGAUAUUACCUUCUGUUGCUCGCUACUUGGCGGUUAGGUAAGUUUGGUGUGCAAAAGGGCCAGUGUCAGUAGAAGAGCCAAACAUGCUCACUCCUUUUCAGAGUCGACAUAAGAGGCCUUUCUGUUUGUGCUGCCCAACAAAAAGCAAUCACUGAUUAGUGUUUGAUGGGAGGCAGCUUGGCUGUAGCAUCAGUGGUGGUCCAUGCAUUGUCUGCCAAAUGCAGAGUUAAGGAGCCCAGUAACUUAAAGUAUGGAGCCUGUUAAGCAGGGACAAGCUGGCAUAGAGAAUUAAAUGUGUGAUUUAUAUAAUGUAUGCAUUUAAUUAAUGACUAAUUCUUAUUUGAUUAGUUAUGUUUUUUUUUUUGUUUUUUAAGUCAUUGUUCAGUCAGUUCUGCUUGUCAGAUAAGGUAAAACAGAGUUUUGCAUAUUUUCUCACAGAAAUGGUUUGUUAAUGCAGUAGCAACAUUCCAUACCACCACACAACUGGAGUUGUUCUUGACAGAACACCAACUUAUAUACAGGGAAACAAUCUGCAAAAUGACACAUUAUGGAAAUGUGCUAGUUAAUAGCAUUUUCUUUAUCUUUGCCUUUUUUCCUCUCAUUUCUAGGUUGUAAAAUACAACAUUGCAAUUUUGUACUGUGAGGACAAACUUACAAAUAAAUUGUUUAUAUGCUGGAAA